CGGCCAAUCGCUUUGAAUCAUCAUUUAUCGAGAAAAAGGAGGACAGGAAGGACUAUGAGGGGUCUUGCAGCCGGUAGGGUGCGAUUGGCUUAUGAACUGCAUCGCUCAAGUAAACAUGACCCCUCAACGCGUCUAGCUAAACAUGCUCCGAUCCUAUUUCUUCAUGGCUUUCUUGGAUCAAAACGAGAGAAUCGACAGAUGAGCAGGAAUCUUGCCAAGGAAUUGGCGCGUGAUGUUUACGCUUUGGAUCUUCGAAAUCAUGGUGACUCCGGUCACCACCCGAAGCAUGAUUACAUGGAGAUGGCAUUGGAUGUUGAGUCAUUCAUUGGCCAACAUGGGCUCGUGCGACCGACGCUGAUUGGCCACUCAAUGGGUGCAAAAACGGCUUUAACUCUAGCACUCCAUUCACCGAAAUUGGUAUAUAAUGUGGUAGCUGUCGAUAAUUGUCCCAUCAAUUUGCCUAUUGGGCCGGAUUUCCUCACCUAUCUUGAAGGCAUGGCAAAGGUUGAGCAACACACAGUCCGGACACAUGCCGAAGCUGACGAGAUAAUCCGUCAAUUCGAAUUGGAUCCACCAGUCCGACUCUGGUUGUUGAGCAAUUUUGUCAAGGAGAACGGUUCGCCUUACUUGAGACUACGCGUACCGUUGGAUAUCUUGAAAAAGGCCAUGGGACCACUGGGGGAUUUCCCAUAUAACAGUGGGAAUGUCACGUUUCAGGGACCGACCCUUUUCCUUCGAGCUCUACAAAGUAACUACAUCCCGCAAAGCUCCUUCCCCCUGAUCUCCCACUUUUUCCCGCAAUCGGAGAUUGUGGAUAUGGACUGUGGGCAUUGGAUUGUGCAGGAUAGGCCUAAGCAGUUUCAGGAAGAGGUGGUGAGAUUCUUGCAGAAGUAUUGAGAGAAAGUUACCGACUUGGAUUGCCGAUAAACUUGAUUUGAUGUCGACAGGACUUACUCUCCGUGGUUGAUGCUAUCUCCAGACCCUUUCGGCUUUUAUACGCAUGAAAUGGAUUCUAUGCAAAGAAAAUCUCUCGACAGGAACAGGUGGGUUUCAAGGUUCCAGAGCCAAUAUCGACGAUCCUCGAUCGUACGAUCCAUGGUGAGAGGCGGAAAUUUGAUUUCCAUAGCUCGAUUGAACCAAUCGGACUCUCUUAAUAUUCCAUCGGUAUCAUCGGCAUACCUCAAAUCCCAAAUGUGCCUUAAGAGUUGUUGCGAUUUCUGGACUUCUUCUUGAUAAGAGCGCGCGAGUUUGCCGAGAAAGCUCUCGAGUUGUCGAGUAUUCUGAAUAUACAUUCUGGUUUUCGUUGUAGAGUGGGAUUUUGAUUUUUGCUUUGCCGUUCCAAACGCGUUGCUGAAGCGGGUGGCCCGUCGACUACCCUUUUUGGUUGAGACGGCGGAGAGAGAAGAGUACAAAGAGGACUUCUCAGAGUAUAUAAAUGUGGAUCACAUGAAGUUCGCAGAGAGGUAGUACGAGCUCACUCGUUACUACUAUCUAUCAACGUAGUGUCACUGAUGGGUGGAUCUUCAGGAAAUGCGGG